GGCGGGGCAAGGAGAACUUCGAGUUCUACGAGCUGGCCAAAAUGCUGCCCCUGCCCGAAGCCAUAACUACCCAGCUGGACAAAGCCUCCAUCAUAAGGCUAACGAUCUCCUACCUCAAACUCCGGGACUUCUCGGGACACGGGGAUCCUCCCUGGAACCGCGACGGUCCGCCGCCCAACAAAUCCGUCAAAGGUUCGAACCGAGUGAGGUCCCCGGCAUCCUUGGCCGUGGACAUGUUCGAGCAGUACCAAGGUACCCACAUUCUUCAGUCUCUGGACGGGUUCGCGAUGGCCGUGGCGGCGGACGGGCGAUUCCUGUACAUUUCCGAGACGGUCUCCAUCUACCUCGGUCUCUCCCAGGUAGAAAUGACUGGAUCGAGUGUGUUCGACUACGUUCACCACCAAGACCACGCCGAGGUUGCCGAACAGUUGGGCCUCGGACUAUCUUCAGCCACCAGUUCUUCCGGUCCUCAAUCUUCGAGUUCCGGCCUCGCAUCGCCUAGUUCCGCUGCGUCGGAAGAGCACGGAUCGUCUUCCACGGCAAAUCCUGACGUCUCAUCGGUAAUGUCUCUGACUUCAAGUGCUCUGUACAAGGGAUACGACCGAGCGUUUUGCGUGCGCAUGAAGUCGACAUUAACGAAGAGGGGUUGCCAUUUCAAGUCUUCCGGCUACCGAGUUGUGCUACUACUUUGCCGACUGAGGCCACAGUACAUGUUUAACCAUACGAGGAAGUCUGCACCCCCUUUGAUGGGCAUGGUUGGCCUGGCGAUAGCUCUUCCACCGCCCAGCGUCCACGAAAUCCGUUUAGAAACAGACAUGUUCGUCACUCGCAUCAGCUUUGACUUCCGGAUAUCCUACUGCGAGCCAAAGGUGUCCGAACUACUGGACUACACAGCAGAGGAGUUAACAGGGAAAAAUCUUUACGCGCUGUGCCAUGGUGAAGAUGCACAUCGCCUUCGAAAGUCCCACGUCGACCUAAUUAACAAGGGCCAAGUACUGACGCACUAUUAUCGGCUUAUGAACAAAAGCGGAGGGUACACGUGGAUGCAGACCUGUGCCACCGUAGUGUGCACUUCAAAGAAUGCGGAAGAGCAGAACAUAAUUUGCGUCAACUAUGUGAUCAGCGGCCGAGAAUACGAGAACCUCAUCAUGGAUUGCUGCCAACUCGAGGACGGGGUGACAGGUGUAAAGCGGGAAGAGACCGCUGGCAACGAUCCUGAAAAUGGCUCGCCGGACGCUGACAGAGGAGAAGGUCAAGGCAGUUCCGGCCCGACGAAUCAGCACCCAGAGCAUCCUCAUCGGUCCCCACCGGAGGAAAGAGAAGAUACCUCAGGAUCGGAAGGCGAGCCUCGCGGGGGUAGACAUCACGACAAUGCAGUGCAACUGCAGCAGGAAUCCCAAUCCGCGGCGAUAACGGGCAACUCUUUAUCGCUAAAGUUGCGGGGUCACAAGAGAAAGCUCGCGGCCGAAGAUGAGAGCAGUUCCGGGGAGGAGGAAGACGAAGAAGAGACAACGGGGAAGGCUCCCUCGGGCAAAAGCCACGCCCUGAGUCCCGCGUCUUCGAGCCACUCCGUACCCCCGGCGGAACAGGUAUUAAGGGCCAGCCCGAAGGUGCAUCAAGCCGACGGAGGAAACGCGGAUGGGUCCAAGGUAUCCGGGGCCUCCGUGAAGGACCUGGAGCAGGCGAUGUCGAAGCACCUACCGGGCGCCGCGAUGAACAAGCCCGACUCCCCCGUGCUGCAUCAACCGACCGACUUCAGCACGGACGCGUUGCUGAAGCAGCAACAACAACGGAGCACUAUCCAGUGGAUAGGCGCCCACCACCACCUGGGUCAUUUGAACCCGCAGCAGUCGUCGGCGGCGAGUGCACCUCUGCCGGCGUCGGCGCUGUUGCGGCAGCUCUACGCGAACCGCGAGAGCGUCAUCAGGGCUAACGUGCACGGGAUCGCAACCAGUGGUGCACGGACUUCCGGGGGGACCGGGACCUACUACGGGGGAGACACGGGGGCGCAAAGCGGCCCCCUGCCGACGCCUCCGGGCUCGGAGGGUUCCUCGACCUACGGCGAGCAUCAGUUUGUGCUUUCGGGACAUAACCAGAAAGGUGCCGCCGGUGGAGGCGGCGGGCCCGCGGCCAGCAGUGGGCCCGACGCCUUCACCAGCCUGGUCUCCUCCUACUCGGCUGCGGGCGGCUACGCGGUCGACUACCACUCGGCCAUGACGCCGCCUUCGUCCGUGUCGCCGCGCGACAAGCAGCAGCACCAGCAGCAGUUGCACUCGGCCAGCGUGGUCAGCAGCUACGAGAGCUCCGUUUACGGCGAGCCGGUGCUGCGCCAUCAGUACGAGCCGGCCCAGCCCCUGCCUCUGAAGCCACAGGUCUACUCGGCGGCGGUCCACCCCAGCGCCCUCGACGCCGCCGCGGCCUACGCCGCGAGCAGCCUCGGCGAGCAGGCCCAGUUCUAUCACCACCCGGCCGCUGGACCCGGGUUCCACCUAUACCACCCCACCGCCAACAAAUCCGCCACCAAUGGCUGGUACAGCUCGGCCUCCUAGUAGUACGGCCUGGGGAAGAAGCGGCGCGUGGCGGCGCGUACUUAACUUGCUGGAAACGAACCCAAAGUCCCCCUCCCCCCACCCGUGCAUAUCAGCCUCUCCUACGCCUCCUCGUCUUCUGCGUGCGGGGCUUCCCGCGCUCUUCGAGCGUCGCCCUCGUUCCCGUCGACCCCGAGUCGAGCGCCCCUUGUAAUAUAAACGAAUCGGCGCCUUCGGCCGCCGUCAAACGGCAGAGGCGCUCCUCCAAGGAAAUGCCGCACACGACUGUCGUAGGCUACCCGCGGAUUCUGGCCAGGACUUGUCGCCGACACGGUGGCUUUGGCCAGUCGGAAGAGUGCCAACGCGGGGCUCACGAUUUUGUAUUAUAAUUACACACGUUGUGAGAGGCACUUCCCGAGUCUGGGAGGAUUAGGCUUUUUAUUAGGCGUCUGGCGUGCCGACACGUUCGCGCCUCGUCUACGUUCUUUCGUUCGCCGGAAGAGCUCUGUGCAAUCGUCAAUCUCAAUCCUUUAAGUUGAGCUGUAGAUACGUUUUGGUGGCAUUAUUUGUCAUUUUUUGUUUUUUUUUUUUCUAUUUUAUUUAGCUCACGGUGCCACGUCUGCGGAGUGUAGGCUGUGUAUUGUAUUACUUUAUGCAGAAAUGAGCGGGGAGAUGUUCAUACUCUUCAGUUCAUAGUUCAUACGAUGUCAUGGACCACGAGUCCUCUAGAGCUCGUGUCUACGAUGCUAGAACUCGAUUUUGAACCGGCAUCGUGAAAUUGUAUUCACGCAUGCGCAUCACGUGCUCGUAGUGCUCGUCUUCGGCUCGCUCACGCUGAUUGCAAAAGGACUCAUUUUACCUUCCUAGUACAUAAUGUACUACUAUUUCAUAAAUCUACGACAAAAUGUACGUCAUUAAAGAUUGAAAGGCUCAUCAACCGAACAGGCUCGAACAAAUGUCGGUGGAAUCAAGUACACAGUUUUAAAUAUGAGUGCACACCUAAGGCUAUGGCUAUACCGCAGCCGAUCAGAUCUGUUCAGCUUAAACCCGAUUCUACCGAACCUAGAUUCUACCGGAAAAAAAAAAACACUUCUUAUAAACGUGGCUACAUUUUGACCAUAUCUGGGACAGGAUUGUAAAUGUGCUAUCGGUAGUAUUUUUAUCAUUUUUAUUAUUUCAAUGGGCUAACGAUACUAUUGACGGCGAUGUACAGAAUCUCGCUUCCGAUUUAAUCUGAUAGACAAAGUGUAGCCGCAUCUAGAUAUAAAGUCUACGCUAUAGCCGAGCAGAUCAUGCCAGACCAGACCAGAUCACUUCAGACAGAACAAACGUAUUACUUUUUAUGGGUGUGGCUAUACUGCACCCGAAUGUAAUCUGAUCUAAUGGACCUAAUGUAGCCAUGGUCAUAAGAAGUAAUACGUUUGUUUCUGUUGUAAUUGACCUGGUCUGGUCUGGUCUGGUCUGAUCACCUGUAGUAUAGCCACAGCCUAAGAAGUAACAUGUUUCAGUCGGAUCUGAUCAGGUUCAGUUUGGUUUGAUGUAAAAGGAUCUGAUCGAUUAUAAUAUAGCCAUAGGUUUGAUACAACGGAAUUACGGUUUCACUUCCGGAUUUUUUUCGAUACCAAUAGAUCUUAUGUACUUCAGGAUUAAGAAAUCUGGCAUACACUCCCGCAGACGCACCAUUAUACUCAAAUAGAAGCAAAUUCUUCAUCGACUUUGUCAACAUUUACGAGGCCAAUGAAUCAAUCAUUAUCUACGCUCCGGUCAACCGGUGGGAACGUUUCAACUUUUAUUGUUCCCAAUUACAUCUAAUAGCGUACCGUUGUCAUCAAAAGGUUAUCUUCUGUGUCGUCGAACCAACGCAUGAUGUGAGAAGAGUUUGCAUUAAUUUAUGUUGUUUAUUGUUGGUUUGACAAAAGUACUAGCCGCCCAUGCAGUAUUUUCUUCUCUUACAUCGAUUAAGCGAAACUGAAGCUUUCGGUGGCAAUUGUACAAGUACACUCUUACCCCUUCGUACGGAGGGAAAAGAAUUCCUUCGUGGGAAAAGGUUCAUUUAAUAGCCAAUAACAUUGUGCAUAAAAUGUCACAGAACCAAAUUAAUGCAUUCUUUCUCUUUGUUACUUAAAUACGCAUAGUUAUAUGAUGUUAUGUACAUAUUCAUGUAGGUAUACAUAUACAUAUUUAAUACGCUUCUGAUAUUGCUUCCAAGGAAUGGAUUUCUAGGUAACAAUUAUCUGAACUCCGUUCAACAAUAGAGCCCGGUCGAAAUCAAUCUUACACAGAAUCAAUCGCAUCUUCAAUCGUUUAUGUAUAAAACGCUGUGAUUGUAUUGUAAUAAAACGUUCGUACCGUUCCUCUGUUGAUAACAUUUCCUAAAUUUGUAAGGCGCGUACACAUCUGAACGUGAACGCGUACGAGGCAAGGGGAGGCAAAACGAAUGCCUCGUACGGGUUCGUGUUCUGAUGUGUACCUGGAUUUUUGGUUGCGAAUUAGAUUAUUUGAGGCAACAAUCGAGGCAUUUUUGUAGAUGACAUUUGUACUGCCGGAUCAUAAGUCGAACCAAUCCGAGGCAAUUUGCCGCGCCUCGAUUGCUCAUCCACAUUUGUAUGCUCGUUCUGCCUCGCCUUACCUCGUACACUGACAAGGAAACAUUCCCAAGUGUCCGCCCCCAAUCUUAUUGAUUUUCAUAUACGUUGAAGAACACAAAAAUC